GUAUUCAGUUGAAGUUGGUAGCUCUCAUAUUUCUUUGGUGAAGAAGACCUUUGGGAGCGGGCAGUUCCCUUGGGCCCGAAGGUGGAGUGGAGCGCAAGGGUCAGGUUCCCAUGGGACUUACCUUCACUUCAAACAGUAGGCUUGGUGUUGAAUGCUCGGCCUAAGGAUGGCACUUUAAAAAUUGGCAAUAUCCUAUCCUCACUGUGGGAACUGUUAAGGGACUGUCUGCAGUCAGCACCGGAUUCCUCCUUCUCAAGAAUAUGCACAUUUAAUUCCUGACUGUCAAAAUUUUGAAAAUGCCAGCUUUUGACAAAAUGCUGGUGGUUCAGGUCCUUCUCGUCCUCAUUGGAUACAUCACGUGCCAGGAUUCGCCAAGCUUUGACCUCGUGGAGGAGUUCCGCUUGUCUGAGUCGACAGGGGUGAGGGUGGUGGACGGAUCCGAACCAGAUGCAGUGGCCUACAGGAUCAACCCCUCCCUUCACCUCAGGAAGACCAUUAGUGACGUCUACCCCGAUGGCCUACCCACCGACUACGCCAUCAUCGCCACGUUCAAGAUGACCAAAGACGCCGCCCGCUCCUCCUGGAACCUGUGGCAGGUCAGCGACCCGCAGGACCGCGAGCAGGUGGGCCUGCGUUUCCACGGCGACUCACGCACACUGGACUUCUUCUACGCGGGGCCACAUGGCGGAACGCAGAUGCUGCGCACCUUCGAUAAAGUGGACAAGCUGUUCGAUGGCGAGUGGCAUAAGUUGGCCAUGAGUGUGAAGGGCGGCAAAGUCAAGCUGCUGGUGGACUGCGAGGAGGUGAGCGUCGAGACCAUUGCCGAGUCGAGGCCCGUCAUCCGUCAAGGGUACACGUCCAUCGUGAAGAGAGCAGCCAGGGACCGCACCAGAGACCGCUCUGUCCAAGUGGACGUUCAGAAGAUGCAGGUGUCGUGUGACGCGGAUGAGGCCUACUCUGAGGGCUGCUGUGAGCUCUCCAGCGUGUGUGGUGGGUACGCAGAGAUUGGCCUGACUGCAGGCAGGGCCACAUGCAGGUGUGCUCACGGACAACCAGGUGUCCAGGGAAAACCAGGUCCAAAGGGACACAGAGGUUUCCAAGGAAACACAGGAGAUCCAGGAAGAGUGGGAAACUGGGGGAUUCGCGGAGCAACCGGGGACUAUGGAAACGUCGGAGAAACCGGCCCCAAGGGUGACAUGGGCAUCAAAGGCAACAAGGGAGUGAGAGGACUCCAUGGCCAAGAGGGUGAUAGGGGUCCUAAAGGCCUAAAAGGAUUAACAGGUGCCGCAGGGUUUAAGGGCGUGCACGGGUCCCCGGGAGAGAUGGGGCCUAAAGGAGCGCAGGGAGAAGUGGGUGCCUCGGGUGAAACAGGAUUUGAGGGUAUUUCAGGAUACCAAGGAGUGAAGGGACAAGAAGGCCGGACUGGUCGAGAUGGACCCCUUGGACCCCAAGGGCCACAGGGAAUUGUGGGUGAUCCUGGCGAGCGUGGAGCUGCAGGCGAGAAGGGAAAACCUGGUGUCCAAGGAAGAAAGGGGAAACCUGGCAGCCAAGGGGAAAAGGGAAUUGUGGGAGAUCCUGGUUUGCCAGGGAGAGAUGGAGGUCCUGGUGUGGAGGCAUACCAAGGACCACAGGGCAAAGAUGGCAGGGGUGGACAGCUUGGAACUCGGGGCGAGAAGGGAGCUGUGGGACCUCCUGGGAACAUGGGGCCCCAAGGCCAGACCGGCCCAAGAGGUUAUAAGGGCUCGGCGGCGAAGCCAGGAAGGCCCGGAUUUAUCGGACCCCCAGGACCCACGGGACACAUAGGAUUACCUGGACGCCCAGGCCCUAAGGGGGAUACAGGUAUACGAGGAAUCCAAGGUGUAAAGGGUGCAGAGGGAGAAAAAGGCAGCAAAGGUCCCAAAGGAUGGGUUGGUGACCAAGGUCCUCCAGGGUUCCAGGGAGUGCAGGGGGUUCGGGGUCCCGGCGGGGAGCCCGGUCGCAAAGGGCCCGUGGGAAACAAGGGUGUCCGGGGUGAGGGAGGCCCCGUUGGGUUCCAGGGCCCGCCAGGACCACCUGGCCCGACCCUCCCCGCGCAACACGUCAUCGAGGUCUGCAAGCGCGUGGUCCUCGAGCAGAUGUCCACCUUCGCCAACUCCGUGAAGCGGACAUGCGCUGCCGUCUGUCCUCUCUACGGAGACGUGCCCAUGGGUGCCCCCGGACCCCCCGGACAGAAGGGACCCCCCGGACCACCCGGUGACCCUGGUACUGAUGGUGUUGAUGGCGAAGUGGGACAAGAAGGAUUCUAUGGAGAGGCAGGUGACCCUGGCAAACCCGGAUUGCGAGGUGAGCCAGGAGAUCAGGGCGACAAAGGAGCCAAAGGCUACGGCUUGCCGGGUUACCAGGGAGACCAGGGAGCAAUGGGUAAGAGGGGCAGGCUUGGACGGGCCUUCAACGGACGUCCGGGAGAGACGGGCGAGAGAGGCCACGGUGGCCGGCCUGGCCUCAGGGGCCAUCCUGGCCUGCGCGGCGUUCCUGGGGUGUGCUUGACCACUGGUUGUGCGGACCUCGGCACAGGCGCAAGUGGAGGCGCAAGCGGAGGCGCAAGUGGAGGCGCAAGUGGAAUUGGCGUCCCCCAGCCCCAAGUGCCUGCACUCGUGCCCGCCCGACCAGCACCCCGACCCCAGCCACAGUCACCCCGUCGCUUCCGAGGGCGCGGUUAAAACUGUCAACAACAAGACUGAAACAAACAAACAAAAACAAAACAAAGUCACUUUUAGUCACUUUUAAGGGUGGGGUUGGAAGAGAGGAGAAAAAAACCUUGCUGUUCAUACAGAGAUUUGCCCAUGAUUUAAAAUGAUUAAAUAUGUAAAUAUAUGAGCCAAAAUUGUAUUGAGAAAGACUGAAACAGACCCACUAGCCUUUUGUCUUGUUCACCAAUCAGUCUUUAACAUCAGGAAGGGAAAACAACAGAGGAGCUUUGACGAAGACAGGUGGAUAAUUAUUUAACUUGAUUUUGAGUGAUACUUGGUCAUCUCUUUCUGACGUGGAAUACUGCUGUUCUUUGUAAUAAAAUGUGGAAAAUAAUGACUAGCUUCGCCAUGCCACCUUUUCCACUGUCUCUUAUGAUGAAUGAGUUGUACUGUGUUCUGUAUUCAAGCAGCGCUGGAUCAUGAGCAUAAUUACAGGGUAAUAAUACUCUCCAAUUAUGUGAUUUCAGAUCUAUUGUGAUAGGAAUAAAUGAGUUGUAAUUACUUAAUUAUAACACAUAGUUACAAGAUACACAAACAGAUAGCCUUCCAAGGCUUGCCCCAGCACGCAAUCAAUAAAUGUGUCAGAUUAUGCACACAA